AUGGCUGCCUUUGUGAAAUCGAUCAAUGCCAGGAUAAGGGCGAACAAGGUGUUGGACUAUGUGUGCUCCACGCGUAAGUACCCCCAAGGGCCACUUGUCACACUUAAAUUGACGCCAACUAUACCGCAAGACUUUUGGGGUCCCGUAUCGACCUUUGGCAUUCCCAUUGCUGCCAUAGCAGACAUCCAGAGAGCGCCAGCAGACAAGAUUUCGCUACCGAUGACCCUCGCCCUUGCGGGAUACUCUGGUGUAUUUAUGCGCUUCGCCUUUGCCGUCACCCCAAAGAACUACCUACUAUUUGCGACUCACGUCGUGAACUCGACUGCGCAGGUCACCCAGGGGUACAGGUACUUUCAGUAUCACUACGGUGGAGGAAAGGAGAGACCUGCGGCCCAGGAGGCGGCUGUUAGUGGGUAUGUCAGCAAGGAGGAGAUCAAAGAUGCUGCUGCUAUUUUAGUGAAGAGGUAGCCAGGUCGUCUGGCGGGUAUGCCGGCUUAGCAUAUAAAGGCUGUACUGUCUGCUCAAUAUGAAGACUUCAGCAUCAUUUGCGUACCUGCUUACCCUCCACCUGAGGC